UGCCGUUCCUGUCUGCUGUCACAUUUGAGUCACGAGUCACGCUGUCCGAAAUGCGCGUGUGAUCUCGGUAAUGAGCUAUCAGAGGCGUUUAUUCGUGAUGAAACACUACAGAGACUUGUCUAUAAGAUGGUGCCGGAUGUGUAUUGGGAAGAAAUGCGACGACGAGGUGAAUUCUAUAAGAGACGAACCGUAUCAAAUGACGAGAAGGCGUUGAUGUUCGAGAAGAGCCUUAUACAACUCUCGUCGGAAUUAUGUGCACCAAACGAGUUGGUUUCAUUAUGUAUCGAGUAUGUAUCAGCCGGACCAUCCGAUUCGGAUGAGACGACGCAAACGAAUCAAAUGGAAAUUGAUAAGGAUGACGAGGACGAAAUGAAACCGAGCACGUUGGCUGAGGCCGAUCGAAUUGAAAAACAAGAGCGAUACUUGUUUUCCUUUAAGAGGUAUUUUCGAUGCAUCGCAGCCACAACAAUCGGAGCACUACGGAAGCUGAUGGAAGCGAAGUUGGAGGUGUCCGAUACAUAUAAGUUAUUAUUUAUCGAUACAGAAUGUAAUUCAACAUUGGACGAUUGCUGUACAUUACAAGAUGUUGCCUAUAUGUUCUCGUGGAAACGUGAUGCACCGAUGCGAAUUUUAUUCACUCUCCAGCGUCAUCUAGAGGAGGAGAAGCCGCCAGUGUUGGAUAUGGAAUUAAUGCCUGAACUGGUUGCUGAAGAGCCUUCGCCUCAAUCGUUGUCAGGAGCUAUGCCGAGCUGCGCUCUCGAAACAGCGGUUCAACUACCCGCUUUGACAGUAUCGCUGAAUACGUCUAUGAUGGAAGGGGGCUCUAUUCAUCAACCCAUUAUUACUACUGGUGUUCAACCUCCGCCCAGGAAGAAACGAAAACCGUCGUCCCCAACCAAGAAGCAUCAGCAACAUCAUCACAAUCAACACCAGCAAGCAGCGUCGUCGUCAUCUGCUUCUGUCUCUCCAGCGCCGCCUCCAAUCCAAAGAAUGAUCGGAGUGUCGCCGUUGGCUAAAGGGCCUCCACCAGUCUCUCAACCGCAGUCAUCUCCACAAUCAUUAACCAAUCGUGGUGCUCAUGAUAAAUCUGAUUCUACUACUCACAAUUCAAACAGCAACACUGCUAGCAGUAGUAGUGCAUUUAGUUCAGCGUCCUCCUCAAAAAAGACGCCAUCUCCAUCAACAAACGCCAAUAAGUCAUCGCAUCAUCACGAUCGAAUUAAUCUAUUAUCAUCAUCGUCAUCAAAACAGCAGUCAUCAUCAAACGAUCACAAUAACACAAUAACACCUCCAGCAGCGAAACAACUCAAGUUGGAAUCCAAUACAACACUGCAACCGUCUGCACAAUCGCCCGAUGCCAAAUUCGUUUGUUCACAGAUUCAAAAGAUAAUUACUUCGUCAAACACGAGCACUUCUAAGCCAACCCCAGAAUCACCUUGUUCGAACACUUCAAUUUCAACGCAUUCCAGUUCGAAUAACAAUAACAAUGAGCACAGCGCCAGCAAUACGUCUUCGUCGACCGAAUACGAACCAGGGGCGGAUGGCGCUUGUCUGUCCAGCAGUUCCAAUAGUGCCAGUUCAACGACAACCCAUUCUUCGAAUACCAGCAAACCACAUAACACCAACAGUAAUUCAGUUGCCUCGAAUAAAAAUCAGUCGUCAGCCAAUGAUAAUACUGAUAAAAAUGACAACAAAAAUGCGUCAAAUUCGAGUACUUCCUCGAAUGGUCAACAUAAUAAUACGACCCAUAAGAGUGCGAAUGGUCAGUUGAAUGCACAAAAAAUCACCCAUCUGAUCAGCAAUGAUACUAAUAAUAAAGAAUCGAGCAACACUUCUAAUCAUAACACCAAUAACAAUAUGUCGUCAUCCCAAGCACUCUGUGCUAGUGCUCCGAACUCGAAUAUUCCAAAUAACCAACAACCGAUUCAUCCGCGACCCAUUCAGCCACGUCCAGUUGUUGAACCAAAGACCAAUUAUGAAGCAUUAGUGAAGAGUUUUUCAUUUUCUGCAUUCGCUUUGGAUGCGAAACAAGCGAAAAAUUUCGCAGCACAUGCAAUGCACGUGCAAUCGUCAAUAUUUCUCGAUCCAAAACUCGCAGCACAACCUAUCAAACAAGUUUUAUCCAGUAGGGGAAUGCCUCUCAUGCCCGACACAUCACCAUAUUUAAGGCAUCAACCCGCGCAACUCGCCGCCAGUUUUAUGCAGCAUCUGCAAAUGCAAAGGUUUCAAGCUGCAGCAGCUGCCGGCUUGAGUCCUACAGUGACGAGCGCCUCACUCUUGCAUCAUCCGGUCAGCGGCGGAUGUCCAACUCCCCCGUCAGCUCCGCCAACUCCAUCGCUGGGUCUGAGUCUCCCUCAACAACCGCCCACUCAACAGCAACUGAAACUACCGACUGCAUCUGCGGGUAGUGCUCAGGCAACGAAACUGCUCAAUCCGAAGUCGUCAUCGUCUGUGCAUCAGUCAACGUCCUCGUCAAAAAUCCAAACAAAAAUUGGUGCCUCAUUGCAGAUUCCAACCGCGCAUAUACCACCGUUCAUGAGUCAGAGUUAA